AUGGCUUGUGCUGAAUAUUCUUUUCAUGUGCCAAGUCUAGAGGAGCUUGUUGGAGUUCUGCAGAAGGGGCUAACGGAUAACUUUGCUGAAGUCCAGGUCUCUGUAGUUGAUUGCCCUGAUUUAACUAAGGAGCCAUUUACCUUUCCUAUAAAAGGCAUCUGUGGAAAAACUAGAAUUGCAGAAGUAGGAGGUGUGCCUUACUUAUUGCCUCUUGCAAAUAAAAAAAAAGUUUAUGAUUUAAAUAAGAUUGCAAAAGACAUCCAGCUUCCUGGAGCUUUUAUUCUUGGAGCAGGAGCAGGCCCAUUUCAGACUCUUGGAUUCAAUUCUGAGUUUAUGCUACUUGUUCAAACAGAAAGUGAACACAGACCUCCUGUGAAUGGAAGUUACUUUGCUCGGGUUAACCCUGCAGAUGGAGGGUGUCUACUAGAGAAAUACAGUGAGAAAUAUCAUGAUUUUGGGUGUGCGUUACUGGCUAAUCUUUUUGCCAGUGAAGGCCAACCUGGGAAGGUCAUUGAGGUGAAAGUCAAAAGAAGAACUGGAAAACUUAACUUUGUGACAUGUAUGAGGCAGACUCUUGAAAAACAUUAUGGAGAUAAGCCUGUAGGAAUGGGAGGUGCUUUCAUAAUUCAGAAGGGAAAAGUGAAGACUCACAUUAUGCCUGCAGAAUUUUCUUCCUGUCCACUGAACUCUGAUGAAGACGUGAAUAAAUGGUUGCGUUUUUAUGAGAUGAAGGCUCCUUUGGUUUGUCUGCCAGUUUUUGUCUCCAGAGACCCCGGAUUUGAUUUGCGGUUGGAGCACACUCAUUGUUUCAGUCAUCAUGGAGAAGGUGGACACUACCAUUACGACACCACCCCAGAUAUAGUGGAGUACCUCGGAUACUUCUUACCCGCCGAGUUUCUCUUUCGCAUUGAUCAACCAAAAGAGACCCAUUCAUUUGGGCGAGAUUAA